UAGGGUUCAACCGUAUAAUCGUACGUAUACUGUACAGGUACAGAUAUACGCGAAGAAUCAUUUUCUUUUUCUGAAAAAAAUACAGAUAUACUCGAGUAUACUGUGCGUGCCAACUUGUUUCUUCCUUCCGGUCGUCGUCGCCAUUAUAUUGCCGCCUUCCCCGAUCUCCAAGCCCUCGCACCACCCUCCUUGUUACAGCUGUGCCGCCUCUUGCUUCCUCCUCCUCAUCGUCCGCCAUGGCUUCUCUCACCGAUCUCGUCAACCUCAACCUCUCCGACACCACGGAGAAGAUCAUCGCCGAGUACAUAUGGAUCGGUGGAUCUGGCAUGGAUCUCAGGAGCAAGGCUAGGACUCUCUCCGGCCCUGUGACUGAUCCCAGCAAGCUGCCCAAGUGGAACUACGAUGGCUCCAGCACCGGCCAGGCCCCCGGCGAGGACAGUGAGGUCAUCCUGUACCCACAGGCUAUCUUCAAGGACCCAUUCAGGAAGGGAAACAACAUCCUUGUCAUGUGCGAUUGCUACACGCCAGCCGGAGAACCGAUCCCCACCAACAAGAGGCACAAUGCUGCCAAGAUCUUCAGCUCCCCUGAGGUUGCUUCUGAGGAGCCCUGGUACGGUAUUGAGCAAGAGUACACCCUCCUCCAGAAGGACAUCAACUGGCCCCUUGGCUGGCCUGUUGGUGGCUUCCCUGGUCCUCAGGGUCCUUACUACUGUGGUAUCGGUGCUGACAAGUCUUUUGGGCGUGAUAUUGUUGACUCCCACUACAAGGCUUGCCUCUAUGCCGGCAUCAACAUCAGUGGAAUCAACGGCGAGGUCAUGCCAGGACAGUGGGAGUUCCAAGUUGGCCCGUCUGUCGGCAUUUCUGCCGGUGAUCAGGUGUGGGUUGCUCGCUACAUUCUUGAGAGGAUCACCGAGAUCGCCGGAGUCGUCGUCUCAUUUGACCCCAAGCCCAUCCCGGGAGACUGGAACGGUGCUGGUGCUCACACCAACUACAGCACCAAGUCGAUGAGGAACGAUGGUGGCUACGAGAUCAUCAAGUCCGCCAUUGAGAAGCUCAAGCUCAGGCACAAGGAGCACAUCUCCGCCUACGGCGAGGGCAACGAGCGCCGGCUCACCGGCAGGCACGAGACCGCCGACAUCAACACCUUCAGCUGGGGAGUUGCCAACCGCGGCGCCUCGGUCCGCGUCGGCCGGGAGACGGAGCAGAACGGCAAGGGCUACUUCGAGGAUCGCCGGCCGGCGUCCAACAUGGACCCUUACAUCGUCACCUCCAUGAUCGCCGAGACCACCAUCAUCUGGAAGCCCUGAAGCGGCUUCUUGACGCCACGACAUCCUCGUCAUCGUCCUCCCCAGCUCGCCGUGUCGCUCCGGUUGCUCCAUUGAUCGGACGAUCUGGUGAAUUGCAUUUGUGCUGGGAGAAGUAAAAAAAAAAGGAAAGAGAAAAAAAAGAAAAUCACGCCAAAAAAAAUUCUCAUUCCAUUUCGAUUUGGUUGCAUGCUACCACUACUACUACAUUGCUCAUCUGCCAUUUAGAUUAGCUCCUUUUUCUUCGUCUUUUGGGUGAGUGCGUUUGGGUGCUCUUGUGUAAUCCUCCAAUAAUGGCCGUACCUACGGUACUUGUCCCAUCCUGUGGAUCAUCGUCCUCCUUUCCACAUGUGGUUUUAUCAUCAUUGUUAUUAGUGAUCACCUUUAUAUAAAGUUCUUGCUGGGCUUCCAAUAGCCGUGGCUUUUGCGUUA